CGUGCAGGGGAGGAGCAGUCAGCCAUGGAAUAACCAGGAAAUGAAUGAAUGAAUUUCUUAUUAUUUUCACUCUUUUUCCUUCUCCUCUCUAUUUUAUUCACUUUUUUUUGGGUGGGGGAGAGAAAACACAAGAGAGAGAAAGAAGAGAAGAGACGGCAAUGAGUGGUUUUACCUUUUAGGCUGGAACCUGAGACCACCAAACUCAACUUUCAAUGCAUCCAUUCUUUACAUUCAAGCAACUACAUUAUAUGGACGAAGGCCAGCGGAAAGGCUAAUGCUUUAUUUUCGUCGGAUCAUCUCAAAUCUGCAGAGGUUUUGAUGGUGGAAGAGAUCUUAGUUUGAGUUCUUGCAGACUCUGUUCUCGUAUUCUUCAAUAUGGGUUCAUCGGAUCGUUUGUUUAACAGGCAGAGAACUAUUCAUGAGCUCCUCGGAGGUGGAAUUGUUGCAGAUGUGAUGCUGUGGAGGAGAAAGAAUCUGACUCUGGGUAUACUACUAGUAACACUCGCUGCUUGGGUGGUGUUCGAGAGAUCUGGUUAUACCCUGCUGUCACUGAUUUCUAGAGUUCUCCUGCUCUUAGUUGUCAUUCUUUUUCUUUGGGCCAAAUCCGCAGCCAUUCUUAAUAGACCUGCUCCACCUCUACCAGAUUUGUAUCUGCCAGAAGAAAUUGUAAAUGAAGUUGCAGCUUUCAUCCGAAAUCGCACAAAUGCCUUUCUCUCAGUCUCCCAGGAUAUUGCCCUGGGUAAGGAUUCAAAGAUGUUCUGUAAAGUAGCUGCAUGCCUGUGGCUGAUUUCUUUUGUUGGUGGCUUGACUGACUUCCUUACUUUGGGCUACACCGGCCUUGUCAUUGUUCUCACAGUUCCAGCACUCUAUGAGAGGUAUGAAGAUCAUAUUGACAGACAUGUGAUGCUGGGUUACUGCAAACUACAGCAACUGUAUGUGAGAUUAGACGUGGAGUGUUUCGGCAAGAUUAGAAAGUGGAUCUUGGAAAAAAGAAAACUAAGCUGACCCCUUUAUUAUCUAUUUGCUGUUGGAAAGUGGGUAUAGAGUUGGCCUGAUACAGCCGUUGUGAGGUGUGGAAGAGUGGAGAUUGCAAAUUUUGAAAUACUUUUCUUCCCUUUUGUGAUAUAUCGCUUGGAUGCCCAAAGUUUUGGAUUUUUAGCUGGAGAACCUGAAGGAGUCCAUCCCUGCGCCGUGCUUAGAGGGGAAAUUAGGAGAGUGUUGAUUUUGUGAUGGCGGUUGUGUAAGCUUGUCCCCCUGAACAUUUAUGCUAGUAAGAUAUGUCUUGGCUCUCAAAACUGCAAUGCCAUUCCAACUUUUGAUUCCGCAGAUAAUUUGUAUAAUAAAAUUGGGUAAAAACACAUUUUGGUUUGUCAAA